CCACGCUAUGUUAUGUGACUCCUAAAACUCCCUCAUUGCACAUGACAGCGCGUUCGCUUGUCUUCCGAGACCAGGGUCGAGACCGACGCGUGACUGGAAACGUGCCAUUCCGUUAUCCCUGAACAACUGAUCCGUAUGCCUGGUACUGUACUGUUAGACGUGACUCACGUGAGGGUGAGGAGUGACUCACGUGAGGGUAAGGAGUCGGAAAUCGAAUUGGUCCGUUGGCGCGACUGCUUACCCGACCGAAAUCCUUCAACUGCCAUGGCACGCUUCUACCGUACCUCCGAGUAUGUAGAUGGGAAUCUGGCUCCCAUGUUGUGAACACUCACAAUGUAUUUAACUGGCUUUCUCCCUGACAGUUGAAUGGCUUGCUUGUCUGCUGGUUACUAUUACUAGUCCUGUCUCUUUUCGCCUUUUCUACUCCGCUGCCUCAUCUGUCCUAUCCCAUUUGAUUGUUGACUUGCAGACUGCCGCGAUGCCUGAGACCGAGGAGUCACCGACCAGAACGUACCGGGGCAACUGCCACUGCGGCGCCUUCGUCUUCGAGUUCGAGGCCGCCGAAAUCAAGGCCGCGGGCGAAUGCAAUUGCAGCAUCUGCAGCAAAAGAGGCUACCUCUUCAUGGAGCCGCAGAAGCCCCUGACGAUCGUCAAGGACGAGGGCAAACUCGUCCAUUAUACCUUCGGUUCCGGCAAGAUUGACCACCAGUUCUGCGGCAGUUGCGGAAUCGGCGUGAUCGGAACCAGUGAUCUGUUCCCAGCCGGGGUGGGAAUCAAUGUCAGGGCCAUUCAAGACCUCGACAUCUGGGGCUUGGAGGUCACGUCAUACGAUGGCAACUUGAAGAAGUUCGGUCCCCCAUACGAACCACCCAAGUACCUAGGCCCUGAACCCAACCCUCCCGGCUUUGAGAACGGAAAGACAUACUACGGGAGCUGCCACUGCAAAGCCGUGACUGCCGCUGUCAGGGUAAACGGCUCCCUGGAGGAUGGCUCGUACAAAGAACUUAUCGUGGAGUGCAACUGCAGCAUCUGCCAGCGCGGCGCGUAUGUCUGGAUUUAUCCCGCCCUGAACCAAGUCGCCAUCCAGGGCCAGGAGAACCUGUCGUACUACACCCUCGGAAACCGGGUCUGGCGCAAGUCAUUCUGCAAGACUUGUGGAGUGCACAUCGGGGCUGACCUGAACCCCGACCUGACGGCCGAGGAGAUCGCCGCCCUUCCAGAGCCGGUUCGGAACUUCCGGACUGCAUACAGCGACAAGCGACCGUUGAACCUUCGCAUACUGAACGGGUUUGACGUGAAGUGCGUCAAGCCGGUCCGGACCGACGGAUGGAGCAGGCCGCCGUUGUACGUGAACCCGUGAGGUUCGACCGUGCUUGGUCUGGAAUGGGGAUCAUGUCGUGGUCAAUGUGCAGGAUAGCAAGGAUGAAACCAAAGUGACU